AUGCCCAACCACCCUUACUACCCCCUGGACGCCAACGUGGUAGGCUAUCAGCCCAACGAGACUCCAGUCUUGGAACUCCUCCUCUCAGCUGGUGGAGCCUGCACCGUUCUUCUCGGUGUGACUUUCGCGUUGGCAAGCUAUGUACGACCAAGACUGCAACUGGCAGAUCGGAUUGCCAUCUUGUGGUUUGUGCUCUCCGGCAGUCUGCACUGUUUCUUCGAGGGCUAUUUCAUGAUCCACCAUGACCACAUGGCGUCGGCCCAAGACCUCUUUGGGCAACUAUGGAAAGAGUACGCGCUGUCCGACUCCCGAUAUAUGACCUCGGACACGUUGGUGUUGUGUAUGGAGACGAUGACCGUGUUACUGUGGGGGCCCCUCUGCUUCGUUGUUGCAUACUUGACCGCAACCAGGGAUUCCCUGCGCCACCCGAUCCAGGUGAUUGUGUGCAUGAGCCAUCUUUACGGCGACACGCUGUACUAUGCGACCAGUCUGUUUGACGAGUAUGUCCACGGACGCCCCUAUUCCCGUCCGGAGCCGUAUUACUUCUGGCUGUACUAUUUUCUGAUGAAUUUCAUCUGGAUUGUGGUUCCGGCGUUAGAUUACCUGUAUCAGAGCAUCAGCACUAUUUCGGCUGCAUUUAAACGCCUAGAGCUGGGGCCGAAGAAGACUAACUAG